AUGCUUUUCAACAUCGCCCUCAUCUCCUCCCUCGCUGCCGCUGUCAUUGCAGCUCCAGCACCCGUCCCUCAAACCACAAACAAUCCAACCUACUCAUGGGACGUAACAGGAUGGAGUGCAGGUUGCGCAAGAGCGGGAUGUUACUAUGAUUUCAACAUAACAGCCCCCGCCCACGGCACCAACCCAACCGUCCCAGCAUUCUCAGCAUACUGCUCCGGCUCAGAAAACGGCUUCGGUCUCGGUGGAGAUUACAGAGCUUGCAAUAUCUUUGACGAUCUGCCAGCGAACAGAGGCGUUGUUGCCAAGUUGUUGCCUGCGCCGACGGGAAGUGGUGCGCAUAUCCAAGUUAGUCUUCAGUGGACGGAUUUGGAGCAAGCGAGCACUUAUUACAACUAUACUGGACAUGCGAACAGCACUUAUAACCAAUUCGUCGCGCCGCUGCAAUCGUUCAAGAUUACUCCUACCGAGUUUUUCGGUGUAGCGUAG